AUUAACAAUCAUAUAUUGACAUUUUCAGGACGGGACGGUAGAGACGGAAGAGAAGGUCCCGCGGGUCCUCGUGGGAUUUCAGGACCAAAAGGUGAUGUUGGUCGAGCUGGAAGUCCUGGGCCCCAGGGACCUGCCGGCCCUCAAGGAACAAUAGGACCAGAAGGACCGGCGCUGUCAGGUGUGAGUUACAACCGCUGGGGACGAACGAACUGCUCAGGAGAUGCCAUUACGGUGUACACAGGCGCGAUGGGCGGUGGAUACUACGAUCACACCGGUGGUGGCACCAACUACGUCUGUCUAACCAACAAUCCUAUAUAUGACAAAUACCAGAGUGGGUGGCAGGGUACAGCAGCAAUAUACGGUACCGAGUACCAAACAUCAUUUGCAGGCUUUACAAAAGGCGAUCUUAGUGAACAUGAAGCACCUUGCGCUGUGUGUUACGUCAGAUCACGUGGGUCCCAAGUGACGAUUCCUGGAACCAACAAGUGUCCUUCAGGUUGGACCAGAGAGUAUUAUGGGUAUCUGAUGACCUCUCACUACGACCAUGCCCAUCCCAGUGAAUUUGUGUGCGUUGACGUAGAUGCCGAGACUGUGCCAGGAAGUCACAAAGACACAAAUGGCGCUUUGUUGUACGUUGUACAGGGAGAUUGUGGGCAUGCCUUACCUUGCAAACCGUACAUUCAUGGCUAUGAACUAACCUGUGUUGUUUGUACCAAGUAGUCAAGUACUUACCAAAAUGUAAAACAACUGUAGCUUAGUCGAGCGGUGAAGGGUUGUUAGCAAUUACAAAUCAAAAUCUUCUCUCUGUGAACCAAACUAUAAAUGUAACUUGUAAGGCCUGGAUCACAACAUCGUCAUAAAGACAAAACAGCGAGGUCACGCAAACGCAAAGAACGCAUCUUUUAAUAUGAUAUCUUGUGUCACUAGUGUGAACAACGCGCUGCAAAACAAACUAGCAAGACCAUAAGGAGAUUAGCAUAACGAAAUAAGAAAAAAGUAUUCUUGCUAUGCCUUCUGUUACCAGUAAACCAGGCUGAAGAAGACUUACAGUGAUGUAGUUACUUCAGCGAAUAAUAUUGAUUUUAUCUCAGUUUUAUGCAGUUCGAGUCUUAAGCUGAAUAUCCUCUGUAUUAAUCUAGACGUAAAACGAUUAAAGGAUAGUUUAAAUGCUGUG